GUCCUCUUGGGUUGUCAAGGCAACUAAACCCUUUUACGUAGGUGCUGAGCCAUCACUCCGGACACGGCGUCGCCAUCGAAUUUGACGUUUUUCUUUUCAGACUGAAACGAUACAGUAGCAAAGAAAAUCAAGCUUGACGGAGGAGGAAGAAGGCGGAUGUGUAUAAAUUGAACGCUCGGCCACUUUGCAACACGACAGUACCCGACGACAAGCGGACCACGCAAUCAUGGAGGAUUCUUCUGUCUCCCGCUCUGCUCGCUCUACGUUUGCGUGGCUGGUGGGAGGCUCCCAAGUUCUGGGUGUGACAUCAGUCGUGCUGACUGGCGUUUGGAUGGGUCACUACCAAGGGGGCUUUGCUUGGGAUGGCACGCAACAGGAAUUCAACCUACACCCUCUGUGCAUGGUUCUGGGCUUGGUCUUCUUACAGGGAGAUGCCAUCCUGGUCUACAGAGUAUUCCACAAUGAAGCAAAAAAGAAUGUUAAGGUGCUUCAUGGCGUCAUUCACUUGCUCGCCCUCAUCAUCAGCAUCGUCGGUAUAGUAGCUGUGUUCGACUCCCACAGAGCAGCCAAGUAUCCAAACAUGUACUCCUUGCACAGUUGGUGUGGCAUGGCUACCAUUGUCCUAUUUAGCGUGCAGUGGGUCAUGGGUUUGUUGUUCUUCCUAUUUCCUGUGGCAUCAUCGUGGUUGCGAGCCAUGUACCUCCCCGUCCAUACGUUCUGUGGUCUGGGUCUGUUGGCUAUGGCUGUGGGGACCAGCUUGCUCGGUAUCACAGAAAAACUCCUCUUCAGUAUCAUGUCCACCUAUUCGAGCUUUCCACCUGAGGGGGUUCUGGCCAAUGUUUUGGGCAUCCUGCUUGUGUGCUUUGGGGUGCUGCUUUGCUACAUCAUCACCAGGGAAGAGUACAGGCGGCCACUGAACCCUGAAGAGGAGUCCUUGGCAGUCCACUUCAAGACCCUGACUGAAGGGGGCUCACCCACCAUGCCCUAACUCAUUGGCUUCAUUAUAACUUCAAACUGCUCUCGGAGCAAUUUAACGUUUUGUGGCGUUGAUUCACUUACUUUAUUGUAGCAUGCAAUUGAAUAGCGAUGACGCAAAUGUAUUGGACAAACAAUACAAAUGCUCACUUUUGAUUGACAUGGUUAAAGAGAAUAAGUGACCAUCAGUGUGGUGUUGAUGUGUUUUUGUGUGCCAAUUCCUGUUAACUGUGUGUGUUCUUCAUAUUUUUGAAUGUGGAAAAUCCCAAUGAACAUGCUGUGAUGCUUUCCAAUGGAAAUUGGUAAUUUUCUCUCAGCUACAUACCUUACUUUAUUUACCAGGUGAUAAAAUUUGAAGCCUUGGUGGCGGUAUCUUCUGCUACCUUCUUCUUUUAAUAAAGUUUGUUAUUGGGGGUUGUAGUUUGCAGUUGUGUAGGCUUGCAUUACUUCAUACUGAGAGCUUUUUGUAAAUUUACAGUGAGCCAAAUUUGAUCCACACUUCUACUGCAAUCGUUCUCUGACCAUGUCAAUCAAAACAACAAUCUUUUUAUCCAUUUAUCUUCCGUUAUGCUUAUACUCACUAGGGUCGGCAAAACAUUCAUCUCGAGUACUGGAUGUCAUUAAAUCACAGGUAUACAGAUAAUUGGUAUAGCCUUUAUUUACAAACUUCAGACUUUACCAAAUAGAGUAUAAUAACUAAGACAGAACUGAAAUGUUACUAAUCGAAUUGUUGAAAUGUGGAAUGUGAGACUUGAAGCCAGAAUGGUUUUAAUUGGGCAUAAAAUGUGGAAGGUGAGGUCAAUAUAUUACAUAAAAAAAUCAAUGUGAGAAUUUAAGGGUAUUUUUAAUUGUCUUGAAUUAUUUGAACAGUUUGGCGUUAAAACAGUUUGAAUUGUCAAAAGGAUUGUGCAAAGCGGUAAUUAUGUCAAGUGUCACCAUUGAAUGUAUUUGGAAUGUUGUGAUGAAAAAUGUGCAAUAUUGAAAAACACGGGAAGUUUGGGAAUUUGAGAAAUAGUUCCCAAAAUGUCCUAGAGAAGCUGAAAGGUUGAUGUUGGAAAUGUGAAAGAAUAGUAACUUUUGUUGAACGUCUCAUUCACCUCCAAUGUUUAUUUGUUUUUUAAUUACAAGAAUUUGGAAUUCUGGGAGAUAUUUAAAAUGAAUUUUGGGAAUAUUUGAACCUUGAAAUGCUUGGUUUAGGUUAGAAAUGUGGAAGGAGUAAAUUGUGAGAGUCAAAAAAGGUGAAAAUAAUACUGUACACUGGAUGCCAGCAUACUUGCGGUUCAGCGCCUGAAGAUUCACAGAUUUGUGGAGUACCCCCUCCAAUUUAAUUGUCAAUGUUAAUUUUUUAAACUUUUAUAUGAUGAUCUUAGGGGAGUGGGGGUACCAACCCUGAAAAUGCUUUUUUUCCUGGUUUAUCUUUAUUUAAAAAUUUAAAGGACAUUUUAAAGUUAUAAUGAACAAAGAAAUUAUUUACAAAUUUUCACCAUUCGCGGUCCGAACUGGUACCUGUCCUUGUGUCCAGUGUACAUGCUCUUCAGACCUCAUUAAUCAUUAUGAAAAUAAAUCUAUCUUAGGUUUCAUAGCUUCACUAUAUUUAUAUUAUUAUACUUUUAUUAUUAUUAUUCCUUUGUAUUUUAAACACCAAACAGUCCAACAACACUACAAAGAUAUAGGUACAGAUUCACAGAUGCAGUGUCUUAGCAGUUCAGAUCAAAAACAAAAUCUGCUGCCUGUGCAUAUGAUACAUGGCCCGUUAUUGAAUAGGUGUUUAUAUUUAUUUUAAUUUUUGUUCUCAUCUCUUUGGCUACUUGAAAACAGUAUAGAAAGUACUGCUACGUAUUUGUUGUUGGUGAUGCUUGAAAAUAAAGCCUUCAAGUCUUGCGCUUGGCGGAUUGAACUGCA